UUAGUAAUUUAAAGGUGAGAAACGAACAUAAUUCGGUGAUUUUGUAGUUAACUUGUCAAUUAAUCAAUUUUAGUUAUUAGGAUGAUGUUUCAAGAAAGAUUUUCUCUCGCUUUUCUUGUUUUUGUCAAGUCGGUCACACUUUCACUAUCAUUUGUUGUGCGGGAUGGAAUAUCCGCCAUGUUGUUAUUCGUAAAAAUAUUUUAUCUUUAUUCCUUUAGUUUCGUUUUCAUCGUCUGAAACGUUCAUAGAUACCUUACCCACAAGCUAACACAAAAUGGCGCGUACAAAGCAGACUGCCCGUAAAUCGACAGGAGGAAAAGCCCCUCGCAAACAGCUUGCCACAAAAGCUGCGAGAAAAUCGGCACCAUCCACUGGAGGAGUCAAGAAGCCCCAUCGUUACCGUCCUGGUACAGUAGCUCUCAGGGAAAUCAGAAGAUACCAGAAAUCCACUGAAUUGUUGAUCAGAAAACUGCCUUUCCAACGAUUAGUCAGAGAAAUCGCCCAAGACUUCAAGACAGAUCUUCGAUUCCAGUCAGCCGCCAUAGGAGCUUUACAGGAAGCCAGUGAAGCCUACUUGGUAGGUCUGUUUGAAGACACCAACUUGUGCGCCAUCCAUGCCAAGAGAGUCACCAUCAUGCCUAAAGACAUUCAAUUGGCCCGCCGAAUUCGUGGUGAACGAGCAUAA